CACUUCCUGCUGUCAAACCCCAGCUGCGUUAGAAACGAUCUGUUUUUCAGUAUCUAUAUUUCGAGAGACGGGGGUUGUGCUUCCGACUUUCCCAUGUCGAUUGUUUGCAUUUAUAAACUACACAUAAAAGGAAACGACACGCUGGAGAUCGAGGGGAUGUUACGGCCGCUUCUGCAGACGCUCGACUGUCUUAUUUUUGGAAUAUUGGAGCUGUUGUGAAAUCGCUGGGAAAUAAUUCGCGUUUGCGGAGAAUCAUAUACCGAAACAUAUAUUUGUCGGCGAGUCGCCGUGUUGCAAAAGAAAACUGCGAGGGAUUUGUGCGGCUUGCUUGCUUUCACUGUGAGUCGGUGACAAGAGAUUCCUCCAUCGACGACCCCAUCGACCCCCCCCCCCCAUGUGUGAGGGUUUGCACUGACUGUCUAAAUGGAUCCGCUGAAUAACCGAAAGAUGGAUCAGGAAUCCAGUUGGUGCACCAGCUGAGGGUGAACUCCCCCCUGCUCACAGCCUAGCGGAUAGCAUGUACAAGAGGAAUGGUCUGAAGUCCAGUGUGGCGGUCACCUCAGCCACUCCAGAGGGCAGCAGCAGCUCGGACUCUCUGGAUGGCCGCAGUGUGGACUAUGAGAAGAGCUACGACGCGGUUGUGUUUGACGUGCUGAAGGUGACUCCGGAGCAGUUGGCUAGCCAGAUAACGUUAAUGGACGCACCGGUAUUUAAAGCGAUACAACCCGAGGAGCUGGCUAGCUGCGGGUGGAAUAAGAAGGAGAAGCACAGGAUUGCACCCAACGUCGUCGCGUUCACAAGAAGAUUCAAUCAGGUCAGCUUCUGGGUGGUACGAGAAUUAUUAACGGCACAGACCUUAAAGAUACGCGCAGAAAUACUAAGUCAUUUUGUAAAAUUAGCGAAGAAACUGCUAGAGCUGAACAACCUCCACUCUCUCGUGUCCGUGGUGUCUGCCUUACAGAGUGCGCCGAUUUUCAGACUCUCCAAAACGUGGGCACUUAUUAAUCGCAAGGACAAGACCGCCUUCGACAAGCUGGACUACCUGUUGUCGAAAGAGGAGAACUACAGCCGCAUGAGAGAAUACAUCAGCACCUUGAAAAUGGUCCCAACCAUCCCUUAUCUAGGAAUUUACCUCUUCGACAUAAUCUACAUUGAUUCUGCUUACCCUGCCUCGGACAGCAUUCUGGAAAACAAGCAGAGAACCAACCAGAUGAACAAUCUCCUCCGAAUAAUCUCCGAUCUCCAGGUCUCAUGUAACUACGACUACCUGGUGACGUUGCCCCAUGUGCAGAACUACUUAAUGUCGGUACGCUACAUUGAAGAGCUUCAGAAGUUUGUGGAAGAUGACAAUUACAAGCUGUCCCUGAGGAUCGAGCCAGGCAGCAGCUCGCCACGCCUGGUGUCUUCCAAGGAGGACCUUGCAGGCCCUUCCGAGGUCUUGACCUCAGUGCGCUACAGAAGGAGACCCACCUGUCCGGACGCCUCCGUCGCUGCCAGCCUGCCCACACCCCCAGUGGCACGGCACAGGAAGAGCCACAGCCUGGGGAACAAUGUGAUGUGUCAGCUGAGUGUCGCGGAAAGCAAAAGUGCCACAUUCCCGACUGAGAAACCACGCCACCUGCUGGACGACAGCCUCCUAGAAUCCCACAGUCCAGCCAGGAACCUCUCUCAGAACCGCGUCUUCUCAAAUGGGACGUCUCUAGGCAGCAGUGAAAGCUCCUUCAGUGAAGAGCUGUCGUCGGGCGUGGAGAGGGGUCGGUUGUGUGCCACAUUGGGGCCCAACUGGCGGGUCCCUGUUCGGAAUUCUCCGCGGAUCAGGAGCUGUGUUUACAGCCCCACAGGCGCUUGUCCGAGCCGCUCGUCCGGCAGUGGAAUGGGCGGGAUUGCGAUCGAAGGACCCCUGAGAAGAAAGACCUUGCUGAAGGAAGGAAAGAAGCCAGCUCUUUCCUCCUGGAGCCGCUACUGGAUCAGACUCUCAGGCUCAACUCUUCAGUAUUACGGUUCCAAAGCACUGAGGGCCACUGAAAGAAAGCACUAUAAAUCCACGCCCUGUAAAAAGGUUCUUGUGAUUGGAUGGAUGGUGGUCUUACCCGAUGAUCCGGAGCACCCCGAUAUAUUCCAGCUCAACGACCCUGAUAAAGGCAAUGUGUACAAGUUUCAGACUGGUUCAAGGUUUCAUGCAAUACUUUGGCACAAGCAUUUGGAGGAUGCCUGCAAGAGUGGACGGCCUCAGAUACCUGCCAACCUGAUGUCUUUUGAAUAAAAUCUCUUCUCGGCAGCCUGGCCUGCGGGGACAGUGGCAACCUCAUGCUUUUGGGAAAACUCAACCUGCAGAACAAGAACGGUGUGUUUUUUGGAACAGAGGAUUGUUAAAACACUGUUUACAGUACAAAGGAGUGGCCUAGAAGAAACAACUGGCAUACUUACUUGAAUCAAGAAAAGAACUUCAUUUUUAAUACUUCAAGAGAAAGCAGAAUAGAAGAUGAGUGCAGUCCAUGAGUCUCGUGUACCAGACUGCUUAAAUGAAUCUGUUGGUUUUGGUCAAUGGCGACCAAUGAACUGUGCAUCAAAAGACUCCAAACUCCUGCCUAAUGUUUUUUCAUUUAAUUCUUUUGUUUGUUUUUUAAAUGUGUUAUGCUGCUUUAUGUAACUGAACGUUUUUUUUUUUUAGCCCAUGUUGGGUUUUAAAAGAAAGGAAAAAGAAAAAAAGUUUCUACUGCACAUAAAACUUACUGGGAGUGUUAACAGACUUCAGAGUGUAACUGUUUAGAAUAGAUCACCUGAGAACACGAUUGAGGUACAGGAUUGUGUGUGUGUGUGUGUCUGCCUGCCUGCCUGCCUUACACAAGGGUCUGCCCUCCACACAUUGACUGGACAGGUUGUGGAACGUUGGCACCCCAAGAAAAGACAAAGGGACAAAGGGCAAAACACGUUUCUCAAAGUGAAAACUACAAGCAAGUUCAAGCAGAAAGGACACACCAAAUGGAAGGUGUCAAAUACUGCAGCCUGCGCACGUACCCAGGAAUGAUCUAUUUGUUUAUGACCACAGUGUGUCCCAUGUAUAUCUACACAGUGUGUAAGGGAUAAACCUGCCCCCUUUAGUACACAAGACACACCUAAAUGACCUUUAGCUAAUACAAAUAUUGAACUGCCAAUGCAGCGACUGGACCCAAACACGUUGAUAUGUAUUUAGAAUGUAAAUAGGGUUCCAGUUUGCAUUGCCCAUUUAUUUAUUACAAUAAUUCAACCCAUUGAUAUGACGCAUCCAUGAAUAGCAGAACGCUCAAUGGUAGAAUGGAUUGUUUUACUUUGAAAAAGAAUCUUCGACUACAAGUCUGUCUCGAUGCCUUCAGAUGUGUUGACAGCAUCUCUUUAGUAAUACACUAAAUCAACGUGUGGGGCAAUCCAAUGUGCCACAUACAGAACAUAUCAUUAGCACGGUUUUGUUUUUUCUUAAAUUGAUCCAGUUUAUUUGAACACACCUAAUGGUUUGAAUUGGUUUAUACAGGUAAAACCUUCAAGACAUGCUGAUAAUGCAAGGUCAGUUGAAACCAUGUGAUCCUUUAGCUUAAUUCCCCAAGCACGUUUUUUCCUGAAAUCUUAAAUUUACCGUCACUGCUUCGAGAUCAUUUGGCAGUACAAUCAAAUAAUCUUGUCAGGACCUGUUAUUUAGAAAAUAACAAUAAAUACUGUUAACUACUGAUCAGCUUGGCUAUUUAUUUAUUUAUUUUUAUCCCCCCCCCCCCCAUAUCAGCAGAUUAAAUGUGGUUUGGAGCUAUACCCUCUUUUUAAAAUGUAUUAAUAAAAGUUGUCUUGAGUUUAAACGCUCAACGUGGUUUAGUCACCAAAUGUUGGGGGUCUGAUAGCCUUGUUUAUCAAUAUUUGUUUUAAGGAAGAGAAAGGACCAUUUAGCACACAGUUUCAAUGUUGGAUAUUAUUUUUAGUAUUGCUGUAUUUAUCUUUUAAUGCACACUGUAUAGUGUAUCAGCCUAUACGAGUAAAGGUAAAGAAGUUGACUGUUUAUUUUCUGUUUUGGAAUUGUAAAAAACUAUUAUAUAAAACAAACAAGGUUUUAAUGGAGUACUUUAUUUAUUGUAAGGUAUAACACAGCUGCUAGAGGAAUGCAUUGCAGUCUUUUUGGUGUAUUUUGUCUUGAUGCUACGGUAGCAUUAACCGGAUACUUAACCCUCUCUAAUCAUUGUAUGGUGCUAUAGUUAAACGUUUCUUAAUGAGAUGAUCGAUCACACCCCCCCCCCCCCCCCCCCCCCCCCCAAAAAAAGUGUUUUUAUGAAUCGUCGUUGUACCUUGUCAUAUUCUUGUUGGUUUCUAGUACUUCACACAUCAUCGUGAUAAGUUCACAAUAUUUAAUUGUAGUGUUUAUGUAUUUCAUACGUUCAGAGUGCCAAAAUGAAUGGUCACCAACCCAUUCUGAGAAAUGUAAAAACGUGUAAUUGGAGAAUUGUGGAUGGCUGUGCUGUAUACACACACAUGUUAUAGCAGUACCAGUUUUCACAUAUGUGUAAAAACAACCGAAAUAUACAUGUAUGUGUGCGUGUGUAUAAACAAAUAUAUAAAUCCAUGUGUACACAUAUUUCAGUUGUUUGUACAUGUGUAAAUUGGUGCUUCCCCAGCCCACUGCAUGUUAUUUGUGUACAAACAUUGUUUCUGUUGGGUUUGUGGCUACAUGACCACUAAACCUUAACUGCCCAGCAAGGCUGUCGUUGUGUUGGUUUUCUUGGUUAAAUUAUUUGUUACCUUGCCCUCGUACGAAGCUGGAGUAUUUUUCCAGCUUGUAACACUGAUGACACAGUUUCAUGAAAUAAAACAUGUUUAUUUAAAGGACA